AUGGUAAAAACCAGAAGUGUCGUUGGAAACACGGAUGAAAAUAGAAAUCAACCACCUAUGAUUGAGCGAGUACCUGUUGUAGCAGCAGCACCUGAGCCAAUGACAAUUGCUAAGGUACAAACGAUGAUCCAAAUGAUGUUAGAUCGUCAAAUGGAAGAAACUAGGCGUUUGGUCCAGCAAAAUCGCGAAGAACCUUCAAUGCCAAUUGAACAGCCCGAAUUGAAUGAAGGGAAAGCGCUCUCUAAGGAUUCCAUUAGUUAUGUAUCAAUGUUCCAACAAAAUUACUUGUAUGCAUCAAAACCCCAGGUUCAGCGGGGUAAAUGCAUUAAAAAGGGACAAAUUUUAGCGUAUGGUGCUGCUAUAGUUGGUGGCGAACUCGCUUUGGGGAAAAACGUAUUAAUAGCUGAUAUGCCAUGGGAAGGUUACAAUUUUGAAGAUGCAGUACUCAUUAACCAAGGCUCCGAAAGGGUCACUAACGAAAUACCACAUUUAGAAGUCCAUUUACUCCGAAAUUUAGACAAAAAUGGAAUUGUAAUGUUGGGAUCUUGGGUGGAAACUGGUGAUAUUUUAGUAGGUAAAUUAACGCCCCAAAUGGUGAAAGAAUCAUCGUAUGCCCCCGAAGAUAGAUUGUUACGAACCAUACUUGGCAUGCGGGUAUAUACUUCAAAAGAAACUCGUCUAAAAUUACCUAUAGGAGGUAGGGGUUGGGUGAUUGAUGUGAGAUGGGUCCAGAGUUCUAAGACAAAUGAGACAGAGAAAACAGAAAGUAUUCGUGUAUAUAUUUUACAGAAACGUGAAAUAAAAGUAGGCAAUAAAGUAGCUGGAAGACAUGGAAAUAAGGGUAUCAUUUCAAAAAUUUUGCCUAGACAAGAUAUGCCUUAUUUGCAAGAUGGAAGACCUGUUGAUAUGGUCUUCAACCCAUUAGGAGUACCUUCCCGAAUGAAUGUAGGACAAAUAUUUGAAUCUUCACUUGGGUUAGCUGGGGUUUGCUAG